AUGACUACUUACUUCAAUGAAAAUAUCCUUUACCUGUUAAUUGAUUCAUAUUUGGGUUGCUUGUUUGCUGAGAUAAAAGGGGAUGCUAGCAGAAAGUUUCUUUCUAAUGUUUUGGAACAGAAAAGGGAGGCUCCACCUGGUGAGAAGCCAGAAUCAGUUCGAACCCACCUUCGCAAUAUGAUUAUUGUACCUGAAAUGAUUGGAAGCGUUAUUGGUGUGUACAAUGGGAAGACCUUCAACCAGGUUGAAAUCAAACCUGAAAUGAUUGGUCAUUAUUUAGCCGAGUUCUCAAUAUCAUACAAGCCUGUUAAGCAUGGUAGACCUGGUAUUGGUGCCACGCAUUCAUCUAGGUUCAUUCCUCUGAAGUGAACUGUUUGGUUGCAGCUUGCACGCGCUAGUUGUUUCCUAUCAUAUGAAGACGUCUUUGUUGAUGAAAUUUUUGUCUAUUUUAAGUUUGGCUAUUUUAGGUCCUUAAACUCUUAUUACAGAGAGUAGGCCCCUAUUUCUGGAUUGAAGAGCUGAUGUUAUGGAUUUUUUUGUGGUAGUCUAAAUGUGUUCUUUAUUUCUCGA